AUGGCCAUUGAAGAGAUUACCAACCCGGAUACCUUUCGCGCCGCCCUCAAGGAGCACAAGGUGGUCGUCGCCGACUUUCACGCUCUGUGGUGUGGUGACUGCAAGAUGAUUGACCCCUUUUUCAAAAAACACGCCGCCGACGAAAAGUUCAAGGACGUCUACUUUUGCAAGAUUGACGUCGACGUCCUCCAGGACCUCAGCAAGGAGCUCAACGUCCGUCGCAUGCCCACCUUCAUCCUCUUCAAGGACGGCAACCGUCUCGGCGACGUGUUUGAGCCCAAUCCGCCCCAGCUGGACGCUUUCUUGGCCAAGGCUCUGUAA